UAUGCCUCUCUUUCUUCUCCAUUUCCCGCUAAAAUUCACAUCCUCUCUCUCUCACAAAUUAACACACAGUUCACACUCAGAGCUAUGGAUAUGGAUAUUCCCGAUCUUGAAGAGCUAGAAUGGCUUGAAUCCCACACAGCUCAUUACGACGAAGAAUUUGAAGAUGAAGAUUUAGAAAUCGAAGCAAUUUCACCCCCUUCCUCACCCGAACUACGAAAAUCCUCAGAAAAACCCACUCUCUCACUCCCAUCGAAGCCCUCGCCAUUAAAACCCAGUUCAAUAAUCAAUAACAAUGUCAAAAAGCGGUUCCGAUCUAACUUCUCCGAAUUGCUCGGAGAAAAUCCACUGGACCCGAUUGAAAAUAAGAAAGGCAGAACUGAGGAAGAAUCCCAAAAUAACGGUGGUGGAUCAGGAAUUUUGUUGGAUGAUCAUGAAAAUGAGAUUGUGGGAAAUGAAAAUGUUGGUGCCAGUAUAAAUGAUGGAAGGAGGGAUGAGGAUGCGGAGUGGUUGAUAUACUCACCGCCCAGGAUUGUGAGGGAGGAGAAGGUAAUUGUGGAGGAAAGAGAGGAGAGAAUAUUAUCGAGAUUUGCGACAGAGAUAGAAGGAGAUUGUGUGCCAGUUACCGGGUUGGAUGGGGAGAGGGUCUACGCGAAGAUGUGUAGAGGGAUGAUGGUUGAAGAGGAUAGAAUGAAGAAACUCAGUGUUAAAGGAGAUUCUAAUGGGCUCAUUCCAGAAUCUGUCAGGGUUAUGAUGCAAAGGGUGGAGCAUGAUGAAUUUACAAAGGUUUUGCGAGCAAGCGUUGAAGGUCAGACUGAUAUAGUUCUUCCAAAAGCACCAGCAGUUAGUGAGCAACUUUGGGUGGACAAAUAUGCUCCAAGUUCAUUUACAGAGCUUCUCAGUGAUGAGCAGACAAAUCGCGAGGUCCUUUUGUGGUUGAAACAAUGGGAUUCCUCUGUUUUUGGAUCUGAAGUUAAGAGUACAGGAAAUGAAGUUUUGUCUGCUUUGAGACGACAUUCAUCAGGAGCUCAACAUCUGAAACGUUCUACCAAGAGUUCUUUUGCAAGCAAUAGAGAACCCAGAUUUAUUAGAGAAAAUGUGAGAGCUCAUAACAAGAUGGAUGAAGAAAAGAAUGAGUCAUCAGGGUUUCAUGAGGCAUGGGACAAGAAGCGCAAGCAAUUUGGUCCACCGGAACAGAAGAUUCUUCUGCUUUGUGGCCCCCCUGGGCUUGGGAAGACAACUCUUGCACAUGUAGCAGCCAGGCACUGCGGGUACCGUGUUGUGGAGAUCAAUGCAAGUGAUGACCGGUCAUCAUCAACCAUUGAAACCAAAAUCCUUGAUGUGGUUCAGAUGAACUCCAUCAUUGCUGAUUCAAAGCCCAAGUGUUUGAUUAUUGAUGAAAUAGAUGGGGCUCUUGCUGAUGGAAAGGGUGCUGUUGAGGUCAUUCUUAAAUUGGUGUCUGCUGACAUAAAAUUUGAUUCUGGAAAAGAGAAUGUAGCUCAUGGAGAACAUUCUGGACAGAAGUCUUCACGAAAGAAGCAAAGGAAUGUGUCGUUGUUAAGGCCUGUAAUAUGUAUUUGCAAUGAUCUUUACACGCCAGCCUUAAGGCCAUUGCGCCAGGUGGCCAAGGUUCAUGUUUUUGUCCAACCGACAGCAAGUCGUGUCGUAAACAGGCUCAAUUAUAUAUGUAAAAAGGAAGGACUGAAGACAAGUUCCAUUGCUCUUACCGCAUUGGCUGAGUAUACUGAAUGUGACAUACGAGCAUGCUUAAACACACUUCAAUUUCUAAACAAGAAGGAAGAGCCCCUCAAUGUGGUCCCUGUUCCAUGGAAAUUUGUUAUUCAUAAGACUGAACAGUGUUUAAAAUCCUUUGUAGAAGACUCGGUUUCUCCAUUGUUGCAUAUUCUUUCACCACCAACUCUAAGGCCGGUUGCACUGCAUUUACUUUCAGAGAAAGAGAAGAGUGAUUUGGUUCAGUUGGUUAAUUUGAUGGUGUCAUAUGCUAUAACGUAUAAGAAUAUCAAAUCCAAUCAAUCUGGUAUCUCGAGGCAUGAAGAUGCUUUAGAUGCAUCAUCACUUUUGCUUGACCCCCCCGUCAGCGAAUUUAUACAUUUCAAGGGAUACAGGUCAUGUCAUUUCAUCCUUGCCUUAGCUGUGAAGCAGGUCUUGGUUCAUGAAGUGGAAAAGCAAAAAAUUUUGCAAGGCAGCACAUCAAGAUCUAGUCAAUCUACUCAUGCACACACCAAAGGAAAUCCGGCCCUGUCAAAGGAUGAGAAUUGUAGUGCACGACUAUCUGAGUCUCAACAUGAAAUUGAAUCUACUGAAAAGAAAAUCCAGAGGAAAAAUCUAUCAUAUUCAGAACAAUCUGAGCUGAACAACUCUUCCAGUUCACCCACUGUAGAAUUUGGAAGGUGUAGCACAGCCAAUGCGAAAGGCUUGCCUGAAAGGACUAAAAAGCUUUCUGGCGGCUCUCAUAAUUUUUUUGACCGGUUUCGCAAGGUAAGCAACAAAGGUUCUCAGAAUACAAACAAUGUGGUACAAAGGCCAGUAACAGUGGAGAGAGAUUCACGUCCUUUAUUAUUUAAAUUCAAUGAGGGAUUCACAAAUGCUGUGAAGAGACCUGUACGAAUUCGAGAAUUCCUGAUGUGAUGUAAAGCAUAUUCUUUAUGCCAAUCAAUUGGGUCGAGAAAUUGAAGGUGUGAAGUUCAGUCAUCGAAUUUACUGUUUGACUACUAAAGUGUACUUUGGGUUAAUAUAUACAGAUGCUGCGUCCAAGUAUAAAGUACCUAUUCUGCUACAAGUUUAGUUUUGUACUCAAAUACAUGUGCAAGUAAUGAAUAACACCUUCAUCUACUUGUCACAGGAGUUUCUUUUUCAAUGACAUAGUGGCAAUGGAUUUUGUAGUCUCAGUUGGGAUUCUGUUAUUAAUGUUGUCUCAAUAAGAAAUGUGAAUAUAUGCUGAGUUUAUGACUUUUUUAUUAUGUACUA